AUGGUUAACCGGCAGAUAACGCCUCUCCUCAGUUUUUCUGGGGAUCUGGUCCAGCCAGUCGGUAGUAUCAGUCUACCCAUUGCCUUCGGCGUUGCCCCCAGAAAAAUGAUGACCAACGACCAAUUCCUCAUCGUCGACUGCUCAACGGCAUACAACGUCAUCGUAGGACGAACGGCACUCACCAGAGUCAAAGCCCACUUGUCCCCCCACAUGUUGCUGAUGAAAUUCCCUACCUGCAACGGUACUGGCGUUAUCCGGGGGGACCAACUCAGCGCACGGACGUGCUAUGUGACUGCUUUGAAAUCGGUAGCUUGCAAGCCUCCAAUGAAGGCCAUGUCAGUUCAGGGACUACCGAAUCGACCAGCUCGUUGA